AAACAGCUGGCCCUUUAAAUAGAAGGCAGGGAGACAAAGCCAAAGUGUGAGAGAAAGUGUGGGCUUCCGCUUGCCUGUUCCCUCUCUAGCUACCAGCGCCGCAAUCCAGCCUCGGCUAUCCUGAGAGUUUUCAGAUUUUGUUAAUCAUCCACUUAAGCUACAGACAUGUCUGAUGCACAAAUGGCUGAGUUUGGACCUGCUGCUCCUUACCUACGCAAGUCAGAGUUGCAAAGACUGGAGGCACAGACCCGUCCUUUCGACAUGAAGAAAGAAGUAUUUGUUUCAGAUACCCAGGAGGAGUUUGUAAAAGCCAAGGUUAUUAGUCGCGAAGGUGAUAAAGUCACUGUAGAGACUUCAGGUGGAAAGACAGUAACUGUCAAAGAAUCUGAAGUACAUCCUCAGAACCCACCAAAGUUUGAUAUGAUUGAAGACAUGGCUAUGUUAACUUUUUUACAUGAACCUGCUGUGCUGUAUAACCUCAAAGAGCGUUAUGCAGCCUGGAUGAUCUAUACCUAUUCAGGGUUAUUCUGUGUGACAGUGAACCCCUAUAAAUGGCUCCCUGUGUAUAACAAUGAAGUGGUCACUGCCUAUCGCGGCAAGAAGCGCUCUGAAGCUCCACCUCACAUCUUCUCUAUCUCAGACAAUGCCUACCAGUACAUGCUAACAGACAGGGAAAAUCAGUCUAUCCUGAUCACUGGAGAAUCUGGUGCAGGAAAAACUGUCAACACAAAGAGGGUCAUCCAGUAUUUUGCUAGCAUUGCAGCCAUCGGUGACCGUAAAAAAGAUGCAGCGAGUGCAAACAAGGGCACCCUGGAAGAUCAAAUCAUUCAGGCUAACCCAGCUCUGGAAGCUUUUGGAAAUGCCAAAACUUUAAGAAACGACAAUUCAUCCCGUUUUGGUAAAUUUAUACGGAUUCAUUUUGGUGCCACAGGAAAAUUAGCAUCAGCCGAUAUUGAAACUUACCUUUUAGAGAAGUCCCGUGUGAUCUUUCAGUUAAAAUCGGAGAGAAACUAUCACAUAUUUUACCAGAUCUUGUCGAACAAGAAGCCAGAACUUCUAGACAUGCUGCUGAUAACCAAUAACCCUUAUGACUAUGCCUACAUCUCCCAAGGAGAGGUCACUGUACCAUCAAUUGAUGAUGCAGAAGAACUUAUUGCUACAGAUAGUGCCUUUGAUGUGCUGGGAUUUACUGCUGAGGAAAAGGUAGGAGUGUACAAACUCACUGGUGGCAUCAUGCACUAUGGCAACAUGAAGUUUAAGCAGAAGCAGCGAGAGGAACAAGCAGAGCCCGAUGGCACUGAAGAUGCUGACAAAGCAGCUUACUUAAUGGGUCUGAAUUCAGCAGACCUACUGAAGGGUCUGUGUCAUCCACGAGUCAAAGUUGGAAAUGAGUAUGUAACCAAGGGGCAAAAUGUCCAGCAGGUUUACUAUUCAAUUGGUGCUUUGGGAAAGUCUGUUUAUGAGAAGAUGUUUCAGUGGAUGGUCACCAGAAUCAACCAAUCAUUGGAAACUAAACAACCUCGCCAGUACUUCAUUGGGGUACUAGACAUUGCAGGCUUUGAGAUCUUUGAUUUCAACAGCUUUGAGCAGCUGUGUAUCAACUUCACCAAUGAGAAGCUGCAGCAGUUCUUCAACCAUCACAUGUUUGUGCUGGAACAGGAAGAGUACAAGAAGGAAGGCAUUGAGUGGGAGUUCAUUGACUUUGGAAUGGACCUGCAGGCCUGCAUUGACCUUAUUGAGAAGCCUCUGGGUAUCAUGUCAAUUUUGGAAGAAGAAUGUAUGUUUCCCAAGGCCACAGACAUGACAUUCAAGGCUAAGCUCUAUGACAAUCACCUUGGAAAAUCCAACAACUUCCAGAAGCCCAGGAUUGUAAAAGGGAAACCCGAGGCCCACUUUGCAUUGGUACACUAUGCUGGCACUGUGGACUACAACAUCAUGGGCUGGCUGGAGAAAAAUAAGGACCCACUGAAUGAAACAGUUGUUGGGCUCUAUCAGAAAUCAUCUCUCAAGCUUCUAGCUCUUCUUUUCUCCAACUAUGCUGGAACAGAUUCAUCUGCUGAAUCUGGUAAAGGAAAAGGUGGAAAGAAGAAAGGAUCCUCUUUUCAGACAGUGUCUGCUCUGCACAGGGAAAAUCUGAAUAAGCUGAUGGCAAACCUGAAAACAACACACCCUCAUUUUGUACGCUGUAUAAUUCCUAAUGAGCGCAAAGCACCAGGAGUGAUGGAUAACCCCUUGGUCAUGCACCAGCUGCGCUGUAAUGGUGUGCUGGAAGGUAUCAGAAUCUGCAGGAAAGGCUUUCCCAACCGCAUCCUCUAUGGUGACUUCAGGCAACGGUAUCGCAUACUGAACCCUUCAGCCAUUCCAGAAGGCCAGUUUAUUGACAGCAAGAAAGGAGCUGAAAAACUCUUAGGGUCCCUGGAUAUUGACCGUAAUCAAUACAAGUUUGGUCACACAAAGGUCUUCUUUAAAGCUGGGCUCCUGGGUCAACUGGAAGAGAUGAGAGAUGAACGUUUAGCUCGCAUCAUUACCCGCAUACAAGCUCAGUCACGAGGUCUACUGAUGAGGAAGGAAUUCCAAAAGAUUGUGGAACGCAGGGAUGCCCUGCUGGUUAUUCAGUGGAAUAUCCGUGCAUUCAUGGCUGUGAAGAACUGGCCAUGGAUGAAACUUUAUUUCAAAAUUAAACCUCUGCUGAAGUCUGCAGAGACCGAGAAGGAAAUGGCCAGCAUGAAGGAAGAGUUUGUUAGACUAAAGGAGGCCCUGGAAAAAUCAGAGGCACGCAGGAAAGAACUUGAAGAAAAGAUGGUCUCUCUCCUCCAAGAAAAAAAUGACCUUCAGCUCCAAGUGCAAGCUGAGCAAGACAAUCUAACAGAUGCAGAAGAGAGAUGUGAUCAGCUAAUUAAAAACAAGAUACAAACAGAAGCCAAACUGAAGGAGCUGACAGAGCGCCUUGAGGAUGAAGAAGAAAUGAAUGCUGAGCUGACAGCGAAGAAGAGGAAACUUGAAGAUGAAUGCUCAGAGCUGAAGAAGGACAUAGAUGAUUUGGAAUUAACACUUGCAAAAGUAGAGAAGGAAAAACAUGCCACAGAAAAUAAGGUGAAAAAUCUGACCGAGGAGAUGGCAGGAUUGGAUGAAAUCAUUGCUAAGCUGACCAAAGAAAAGAAGGCUUUGCAGGAAGCCCAUCAGCAAGCCCUUGAUGAUCUACAAGCAGAAGAGGACAAGGCUAACACUCUGUCCAAAGCAAAGAUGAAACUGGAACAGCAAGUGGAUGACCUUGAAGGUUCACUGGAACAAGAGAAGAAGAUCCGUAUGGAUCUUGAAAGAGCAAAGAGAAAACUAGAAGGAGAUCUAAAACUGUCUCAGGAAAAUAUCAUGGACUUGGAAAAUGACAAACAGCAGCUAGAAGAGAAGCUUAAAAAGAAAGAAUUUGAGAUCAGCCAGCAAAACAGCAAAAUUGAAGAUGAACAAGUCUUAACAGUGCAAAUACAAAAGAAACUCAAAGAGCACCAGGCUCGUAUUGAAGAACUUGAGGAGGAACUAGAAGCGGAGAGAGCUGCCCGAGCCAAAGUUGAAAAACAGAGGUCAGAUCUUUCCGAGCUGGAAGAAAUCAGUGAACGUCUGGAAGAAGCUGGUGGAGCUACUUCAGCCCAGGUGGAGAUGAACAAGAAGCGAGAGUCAGAACUGCAGAAACUUCGUCGUGAUCUGGAAGAAGCCACUCUUCAUCAUGAAGCCACAACUGCUGCUCUACGGAAAAAGCAUGCGGACUCCAUUGCAGAGCUGGGAGAGCAAAUUGAUAACUUGCAGAGAGUGAAGCAGAAACUGGAGAAAGAAAAGAGUGAAGCUAAGUUGGAACUAGAUGAUGUGGCUUCCAACAUGGAACAAGUCAUCAAAGUCAAGGUGAACAUGGAGAAGAUGUGUCGAACUCUUGAAGACCAAGUUAAUGAGUUCAGAACAAAGUGUGAGGAAGCCCAAAGAUCCCUUAAUGACAUGUCUACUCAAAAAGCUAAGCUUCAGACUGCAAAUGGGGAAUUGUCCAGGCUAUUGGAGGAAAAGGAAUCCUUGAUCUCUCAACUAACAAGAGGCAAGCAAAGCUACACUCAGCAACUGGAGGACCUCCGUCGUCAGCUGGAGGAAGAGGUUAAGGCCAAGAAUGCUCUUGCACACUGCCUGCAGUCAGCUCGCCAUGACAACGAUCUCCUGAGGGAGCAGUAUGAAGAAGAACAGGAAACCAAGGGGGAGAUGCAACGUACGCUCUCCAAAGCAAACUCAGAAGUAGCUCAGUGGAGAACCAAAUAUGAGACAGAUGCCAUCCAGAGGACAGAAGAGCUGGAAGAAGCAAAGAAGAAGCUGGCUCAGAGGUUGCAAGAGGCAGAGGAAGCUGUGGAAGCUGUGAACGCCAAGUGCUCCUCCCUAGAGAAGACCAAGCAUCGGCUCCAGAAUGAGAUUGAGGACCUCAUGGUAGACCUAGAGAAGUCAAAUGCUGCAGCUGCUGCCUUGGACAAGAAACAGAAGAACUUUGAUAAGAUUUUGGCAGAAUGGAAGCAGAAGUUUGAAGAAUCCCAGAGUGAGCUGGAAGCCUCACAGAAGGAAGCUCGUUCCCUUAGUACUGAGCUCUUUAAGCUGAAGAAUGCCUAUGAAGAAUCCCUUGAGCAUCUGGAGACCCUUAAGAGGGAGAACAAGAAUCUACAAGAGGAAAUAUCUGACCUGUCUGAGCAACUUGGUGAAGGAGGAAAGAAUAUCCAUGAGUUAGAGAAGAUCAGAAAACAACUAGAGCAGGAGAAAGCAGAAUUGCAGUCAGCACUGGAGGAAGCUGAGGCUUCCCUUGAACAUGAAGAAGGAAAGAUCCUUCGAGCACAGCUGGAAUUCAAUCAGGUCAAGGCCGACAUUGAGAGGAAGUUGGCAGAGAAGGAUGAGGAAAUGGAGCAGGCCAAGAGGAACAAUCAGAGAGUCAUAGAGUCCCUUCAAACGUCUCUCGAAGCGGAGACGAGAAGUCGAAACGAGGCCUUAAGAAUAAAGAAGAAAAUGGAAGGUGAUAUGAAUGAGAUGGAAAUUCAGCUCAGUCAAGCCAACAGACAGGCAACCGAGGCACACAAACAACUCAAAAUACUGCAGGCUCAUCUUAAGGAUACACAGAUACAGCUUGAUGAUGUCAUGAGGGUUAAUGACGACCUAAAAGAAAACAAUGCAAUGGUGGAACGACGCAGUGCACUCCUACAGGCAGAGCUUGAGGAGCUCAGAGGCGUAGUGGAGCAAACAGAGCGAGCUCGCAAACUGGCAGAACAGGAGCUUAUUGAGACAAGUGAGAGGGUACAACUUCUGCACUCCCAGAACACCAGCCUGAUAAACCAGAGGAAAAAGUUGGAGGCAGACAUUGCACAAUUCCAAACUGAAGUAGAGGAAGCUGUUCAAGAGUGCAGAAAUGCAGAAGAUAAGGCCAAAAAGGCCAUUACUGAUGCUGCCAUGAUGGCUGAGGAACUAAAGAAGGAGCAGGACACCAGCGCCCACUUAGAGCGGAUGAAGAAGAACAUGGAACAAACCAUUAAAGAUCUGCAGCACAGGCUGGAUGAAGCUGAACAGAUCGCCAUGAAAGGAGGCAAGAAGCAACUACAGAAACUAGAGGCCAGAGUGCGUGAACUAGAAAAUGAGCUGGAAUUAGAGCAGAAGAGGGGUGCUGAGUCUGUCAAGGGACUCAGGAAAUAUGAGAGACGUGUCAAGGAGUUGACUUACCAGACCGAGGAGGACCGUAAAAACAUGAACCGUCUGCAGGAGUUGGUGGACAAACUGCAGCUGAAAGUAAAGGCUUAUAAACAUCAGGCUGAGGAAGCGGAGGAGCUGGCCAACAAUAACCUUGCUAAGUUUCGAAAACUGCAACAUGAACUAGAUGAGGCACAGGAAAGAGCAGAUAUUGCAGAAUCCCAAGUCAAUAAGCUACGUGCCAAGACCCGUGACUCUGGCAGCAAGAAAAUGCUGGAAGAAGAAUAAAUGAAGAUUAAGAGGAGACUACAGGAUAUGCAUGGUUAUUACCUAAGUAAAUGUAUAACAGAGCAGUGCAAUAGAUUGUAUAUUCUGUAAAUCUGUAAUAAAUACAGUUAUUCUAAAUAGA